AGUGCAUUGAAAAGUAGCCGCAGUGAGGAAAGCGAGAGAGCCAUUUAAUUUCUCUCUCUCUCUCACGUUGAGUCUCAUCCGCCGUACUUCUCUCUCUUUCUGUACAUCUCGGCUGUGUCGAGUCUGCCUUUAUACUUGUUUGCCGUAUAUAAAUCAUGACCCACUAAACUCGUUUUGGCGAGCUCGUUGGCAAGCUUGCAAUAGCAUAUUUUUCUCAUUCUCAGAGCUUGCUCUCUCUCUCUCUCGUGCUUCAGCUUCCCUCUGGUCAAUCGAGAAAAAUGUCCGUCACCGUCAAACCUGCUACGGCAGCUUUGCACCUGAACAUGUUGCAACACGCCAUCUGACAGCAUCGUAAUACUUCAGAGCAGUGCUGCACCACACCAAUCGGACGCGUCGCGGAUAAAUAUUUUCCUGGUGGAAAAUAUCAAUACUCUCCACAUUCUGCACCGAUAUCCGAAUGAUCCGCGUAACAGAUGAUUAAUCUCUGAUGAAUAUUUCUCGUUCCUUCCCCUCCUCCGCGGUCAAACACAGUGUCUCGGUGGCCACAGCACCCCCCCUGUCGCCCAUCUCUUCCUCGGAGGACGACGACGAGGACGCCACCACCAACACCAUCAGUACGACGACAUCCAGCUCCGGUCUGACCUUCACGCCGGCCCAUUCCAGUACGGAUCUGUUGAUGAACCGGGCGGCGGCGCUGGAUCUGGACGCCAGCGCAUCACCCUCCCCCUCCACCGUCGUCAUGCAGGGGGGAGCGGGUGGAUCCCUGCAGGCCCCCAGUCCGGCGGGCAGUACGACGGGCAGUAAUAGUGGCCUGCUGUAUCCCCCCAAUCAUCCCCUGUCGAUCUCCAAGCAUCUGUGCAGUAUUUGUGGGGAUCGCGCCUCCGGGAAGCAUUACGGUGUCUUCAGUUGCGAAGGAUGCAAAGGCUUCUUCAAACGCACAGUUCGCAAGGAUCUAACGUACGCCUGCCGCGAAGAGCGCAGCUGUAUCGUCGACAAACGCCAGCGCAACCGCUGCCAGUAUUGUCGCUAUCAGAAAUGCCUGGAGAUGGGCAUGCGGCGGGAAGUUGUUCUUUCAGCCGUUCAGGAGGAGCGAUUGCGCGCCAAGGAGAACCGCCACAAGAGCGGCGGCCACAGCAACACGCUGAACAGCAGUACGGCGUCUUCCGCCGACAUGGAGCCGGAAUCCAGCAGCCAGGGCGGCAGUUACGGGUUCGCCGCCGUGUCGACGACGACGGCCACGCCCAAUCCGGCAUUCAACAGCGCCGCCACGGUGGAGUUCUCGUUGAGCCGGCUGCAGGAGGCCGACGCCAUGAUGUUGGGGGCGUUCCUGGCCGGGCCGGGGGAGGUGCAUGUGCGGCCGCUGGAUUUCGGCCACGGGAUGCUGCAGCAACCGGAUACUAACCGCCAGCUGGUGGAUAUCUGCGAGAAGGAACUACAUCUGGCCGUCAUGUAUGUCAAACGCUGUCCGGUGGUCACGGAGCUGUCGCUGGACGACCAGGUGGCCCUAAUUAAAUGCGGCUGGAAUGAGCUGCAUCUGUCGGCGAUGGGCGCCCGCGCCAUGUUCGCCAACUUCAAGCAGGGCCUGGUGCUGUCCUCCGGCAUGGCCAUCAGCCCCUCCCAGGCCUCGCUGUUCGGCCUGAGCGGUCUGGUGGAGCGGAUGUCGUGUGAACUGAUCGCCAAGCUGACCGAUCUUCAAGUGGACAGCUUCGAGUUGGCCUGCCUGCGCGGCAUCAUUCUCUUCAAUCCCGAUGCCAAAGGCCUAGUGAACACGGAGCGCGUGGAAGCCUGCCGCGAGAAACUGUACUCCGGCCUGGAAGAGCACUGCCACCAGAUGCACCCGGCCGACUUCUCCCGCUUCGCCAAGAUCCUCCUACGCCUGCCCUCCCUGCGCAGCAUCAGCCUGAAAUGCCCCGACUACCUCUUCUUCUCGCAGCUCUUCCCCAGCCUCCCCAUCGAGGGCUUCCUCACCCGCCUCCUCCAGCAGCCCACCCGCGACCUCCGCUCCAUCGCCGUCGACGUGGAGAACGAGGAAUUCCAGCGCAAGCUCCUCCUCCCGCCCAACGGGGGUGCGACAGGGGCCACCGCCCCCGGGAACGGCCAUCUGGGGGGCCUGAACGUCAUGGGCCCGGUGUCGGAGUUCCUGCAGUCGAGUUUCGGCGGCGCUAAUGGGGCGGGUGGGGCGUGGGGCGCCGCCCCCGCCGGGAGUCGGUCGCCCCCGGGGGCCGACAUGUUCGGGUUCGCGAAUGGGCUGAUUAAGCAGGAGCCGUCGAAUUCCUUCUCGUGAACACGGUUCCCCGCGGCGGGUGGCUAUGAGAUUAACGGGAGGAUUUUAUUUUAAUUAUUUAUGGUGUUUUUUGUAGUUUGUCUUUGGUGUUUAAUUUCUCACCAGCUUUUUGGCGAUUUCUUUUUUUGUCUGGAGUGGAUGAACAUUUUUUACACACGCUUGUGGUUUUUUUCUUGGUGUUUUUUUAUGGCUUUUAACCGGAAAGUUUUUAUUGCCGUUUUUUAAAUGUAUAUUGUAGCAGUCUGGAUUGUGGUUGUACUGGUUUUUGCCGUGCGAAGCGGAUAUCAUUAAAAGCUGAAAUGUUA